AUGAUGUGCGGGCUCUUUGGCGGUCACGCCAACAUUGGCAAAGCAGGCGACACGGCGCUGUUCUUUGGCCUGUCUGGCACGGGCAAGACGACGCUGUCGGCCGACCCGAAGCGCGAGCUCAUUGGCGACGACGAGCACGGCUGGGACGACCACGGCGUGUUCAACUUCGAGGGCGGCUGCUACGCCAAGACGAUCGACUUGAGCGAGGCGACGGAGCCGGACAUUUUCAACGCCAUUCGACCGAACGCGAUGCUGGAGAACGUGUGGAUCGACGCUGUCAGCCACGCGCCCGACUACUUCAACUCGAGCAAGACGGAGAACGGCCGCGUGUCGUACCCGAUCUACCACAUCCCGCACCACGAGCCCAACUCGCGCGGCGGCCACCCGACCGCCGUCAUCUUCCUCACGUGCGACGCGUACGGCGUACUGCCGCCCGUGUCGAAGCUGUCGUCCGGCCAGGCCCAGUACCACUUUCUAUCGGGCUACACGGCCAAAGUGGCGGGCACCGAGCGCGGCGUCACGGAGCCACAGGCCACGUUUUCCACGUGCUUUGGCGCGGCGUUCAUGACGCUGCACCCGACCAAGUACGCCGACCUGCUCAAGAAGAAGCUGCAGCAGCACCAGACGCCCGUGUACUUGAUCAACACUGGCUGGACGGGCGGCGUGUAUGGCGUGGGGAAGCGCAUGAAGCUGCCGGUCACGCGCAAGUGCGUCGAGGCAGUGCUGGACGGCCGGAUCGAGGACGCGUCGUUUGUGACGGACUCACUCUUUGGCUUUGCGGUGCCGACGCGAGUGGAGGGCGUACCGUCCGCGAUGCUGAGCCCGAGGGAGUCGUGGGCGAACAAGGCGGCGUUCGACGAGACGGCGCUCAAGCUGGCGAGGGCCUUCCAGGACAACUUCAAGCAGUUUAUCCUGCCGGAAAACGACCUGUCGGUGUACGGUCCGAACGUGUGA